AUGUCAGACGAUAUACAAAACGGCAAGGCGGCGGUUGAAAUCGCUUAUCCUAGCUCCGUUCAUGAUGUUCAUAGAUUGCUGUCACAGCUAACUGUUAGCAACAAUGAUAUUGAAAAGAAGAAGAUUUUGAAAAUACUGCAACAGUUGACGAAGGAGAGACAGAGAUAUGAAGAAAAAUUGGUUGAACUUGAAAAGAGUUGGGCCCAGAACAAAGAGGCUGUUGAUCUUGAUCUCCUCAACAUUCAGGUUAUGGCAUUCAACCUUUUGAGCAAAGACCUUGAUUUGCCAUUAGAAAUACAGACCAAACUACUGGGUGAAACAGAUGUGGAGUCCCUGAAGGUUCAAGCUGAUAAUACCGAUAUACCUGUCGACUUUAACGAGAAAGCUAAGUUUUUCGGAUUAGACCCCCAUAAGACGGUUCCUGAUUCUGAGAUUCAUUCCGCAGGCAGCACUUUAGGAGAAUCCCUUGUCAAACAUAAGGUCGAGUCAAGAAUACAUGAGCUGGAAAAUCUUCCCGCUAACAUUGGUCUAUAUGAUGCGUCGUCUAUCGAGAACGAUCUGGAGAAAUCUGCCUCCGAUAUUUUGGACAAUGUAGAUGAAAUCAAGAUUCGGGCAUUGAACGAGUUGAAAGCCUUGAAGCUUCUACCCGAACAAAAACAACUGCGUCGCAAAUUAGUCCAAGAUUGUCUAACAAGUGUGGUGCAUGAGAAAAACAAGUAUGGCUCUGACAGUUUCCGGGCAUUCAAGCGUUCUUUUUCAAUAAGGGACAAGCAAAAAAUUGAGCAAACCUCGAGACUUGCCGAGAAAUUGCAGGAGCAACAACGCCGCGAGAAGGAAGAACUGGAACAUGAUUACCAAACCCACAAGGUCAACAAACUCGCUGCCAUUUUCGACGAAGUUAGAGACGAACUUGAAGAGAAGCGGAAUGCAAGACAUCUUCUGGCUAAGGCUUUGCAGCAUUUCCAUUCGCAAGUGGAAAAGGAUGAAAGCAAGAAACUCGAGAGAAUUGCCAAGCAAAGAUUGGCUGCUUUGCGGUCGAACGACGAGGAGGCUUAUAUGCAGCUUCUGACCAAAACGAAGGAUACAAGAUUACACCACCUUAUUCAGCAGACGAAUAAUUUCCUUGACUCGCUUGCCAGUGCUGUUAAGGUUCAGCAAGACGAGGCCCAGGACACGGAGGAAGAUGCUGAUGCACGUCGUGAAAAGAUAGAUUAUUAUGAGGUGGCCCACAGAAUAAAGGAGAAGAUUGAAAAGCAGCCCUCAUUACUUGUGGGUGGUACAUUGAAGGAGUACCAGCUAAAGGGACUCGAGUGGAUGGUCUCACUUUACAACAACAACCUCAAUGGAAUUCUUGCAGACGAAAUGGGUUUGGGUAAAACUAUUCAGUCCAUAUCCCUGAUCACCUAUCUGAUAGAAUCUAAGAAAGAGCGAGGAAAAUUCCUGGUGAUCGUUCCGCUUUCCACCAUCACAAAUUGGACGCUCGAGUUUGAAAGAUGGGCUCCGAGCGUCAAAACCAUUGUUUAUAAAGGAACGCAGCACCAGCGUAAACAGCUUCAGUACGAGGUUCGAAGCGGAAACUUUUCUGUUUUGCUGACUACCUACGAAUAUGUGAUCAGGGAUCGACCGCUGUUGUGCAAAUUCAAAUGGGCUCACAUGAUCAUCGACGAAGGUCAUCGUAUGAAAAACACAAGCUCCAAGCUUUCGCUAACGUUGACUCAGUACUACCACACGAGAAACAGACUGAUAUUGACCGGCACACCUUUGCAAAAUAACUUGCCUGAGCUCUGGGCACUUUUGAACUUUGUGCUUCCAAAAGUUUUCAACUCUGUCAAGUCGUUCGAUGAGUGGUUUAACACUCCAUUUGCUAAUACGGGCCACCAGGACAAGCUGGAACUAUCCGAAGAGGAGAGUCUGCUUAUUAUCAGAAGAUUGCACAAGGUUUUGCGUCCAUUCCUUCUUAGAAGACUCAAGAAAGAUGUUGAAAAAGACCUUCCAGAUAAGGUCGAGAGAGUUGUCAAGUGCAAGCUUUCGGGUCUUCAAUCUUGUUUGUAUAAGCAAAUGUUGAACCACAACGCUCUUUUUGUUGGGGUGGGUACACAGGGAGCUACGAAGACCGGGUUGAGGGGACUGAACAACAAAAUCAUGCAACUUCGAAAAGUCUGCAACCACCCAUACGUUUUUGAGGAGGUUGAGGAUAUUGUGAAUCCAUCUAGACUCACCACAGAUUUGAUUUGGAGAAGUUCCGGAAAGUUCGAAUUGCUUGACAGAGUUUUGCCCAAGUUCAAGGCUUCUGGUCACAAAGUCCUUAUCUUCUUUCAGAUGACGCAAGUCAUGGAUAUAAUGGAGGACUAUUUAAGGUUCAGAGACAUGAAGUACAUGCGGUUGGAUGGUUCCACGAAGGCAGACGACCGUCAAGAUAUGCUUAAAGACUUUAAUGCCCCAGACUCCGAAUAUUUCUGUUUCCUUUUGUCUACCAGAGCUGGAGGUUUGGGAUUAAACUUGCAGACUGCAGAUACGGUUAUUAUUUUCGAUACAGACUGGAAUCCUCAUCAGGAUUUACAAGCCCAAGACAGAGCACAUCGUAUAGGCCAGAAAAACGAGGUGCGUAUUUUGAGAUUAAUCACAGAGGAUUCUGUUGAAGAGGUGAUCUUGGAAAGAGCGCACCAGAAACUAGACAUAGAUGGCAAAGUUAUUCAAGCUGGUAAGUUUGAUAAUAAAUCGAGUGCUGAAGAGCAGGAAGCGUUUUUGAAGAGACUUUUAGAGGCGGAGAAGAUGAAAGCCGAGGAGGCCGAAAACGACGAUCUAGACGACGAAGAGCUCAAUGAGAUUCUUGCAAGAAACGAAGACGAGAAAAAAUUGUUUUCUGAAAUCGAUCAGGCAAGGAUUCAGGAGGACCAAAAAUUAGAUGGUCCUAGAUUGAUGUCAUACGAGGAGCUUCCUCCCGUGUUCAAAGAAGACAUCACCCUACAUCUCGAGAAGGAUAAGCCUGAUGCUGGGAUUAAAAGAGAACGCAAGCAGGUUGUAUAUGACGAUGGUCUUACAGAGGAGCAAUGGCUGGACGCAAUGGAUGCCGAGGACGAUACUGUGGAGGCUGCCGCCCUUCGUAAACGAGAGACCAUGCGUCAGCGUCGUGCGAAGCGUUCUGCUGGUGCCGCAACUCCGAUGAGUGAGGAAAGCUACGUGGAGGAAGAAGAAGAAGAUGAUGAUGAUGCCGGCGAAGAACCAUUUGUGGAAUUGUGCCAGGGACUCUUGCAAAAACUGGUGAACGCUACAGAUGAAAAUGGACGCUCAAGGUCAGAGCUUUUCAUGACCGUUCCUUCCAGAAAAUUGUACCCUGACUACUAUCAGAUCGUGAAAAAAGCAGUCGCAAUCAAGGAUCUUCAAAAGGGGCUAAAGAAAGGUUCAAUUGUGGACUAUCAACAAUUCAAGGAAGAGCUUCAACAGAUGUUUGAUAAUGCCAAACUUUACAACGAAGAUGGGUCACUGGUGUACAAUGAUGCCAUUGAGCUAGAAAAAAUAGCCAAGGAUGAAUUAAGCAAGAUAGACGCGGAGCUGGGCGAGGAAUAG